AUGGCUAUGGGUCAGUGGAAGUACUGGCUUGGAAAGCUUCAAGUUCCCACAGAGCCUGGGCUCUCAACAGCGCAGCUGAUGUUAACGAAUGAUGAUCUCAAACCCGUUGAACCUGAGCGGAGACAAUGGAGGUGGCUUAACUUUGUGGCUUUCUGGAUUGCUGAUUCAUUGAAUGUCAAUACUUGGAUGAUAUCUUCGUCAAUGAUCGUUGAUGGGCUCUCUUGGUGGCAAUCGUGGCUUUGUGUUUGGAUCGGAUACACUAUAGCAGCCCUUUUCGUCUGUCUCAUGGGACGGAUAGCAGCCAUUUACCGCAUACCCUUCGCAGUAACUAAUCGAGCUUCCUUUGGUAUUUGGGGCUCUUUCUGGCCGAUUGUGAACCGAGCGGCAAUGGCAGUUAUCUGGUAUGGCGUUCAGACCUACCUAGGUGGUGAAUGCGUAACGCUGAUGAUUCAAUCUAUCUGGCCGAGUUAUGCCACGCUGCCAAACACGAUCCCGGCGAGUGCUGGAGUGACGACUAAGCAAUUCACAAGCUUCUUUCUAUUUUGGCUUGGCUCCCUACCAGCUCUCUGGUUUCCAAUUUACAAGAUCCGCCAUCUGUUUACGGUCAAAGCAUACUUUUCUCCGGCAUGUGCAAUUGCAUUUUUCGGCUGGGCGAUUGCUCGUGCACACGGACUAGGUCCUAUAAUCACACAACCCAAUACUGCUCAGGGCAGCGAUUUGGCCUGGGCCUUUGUCAAAAGCAUUAUGAAUUGCAUUGCGAACUUCGCUGCGCUCGUCAUCAACAACCCUGACUUCGCUCGGUAUGCUCGCAAGCGCGAAGAUGCGCUCUGGCCUCAGCUUAUCACUAUUCCCGUCGGUUUCGCCGUAACUUCUUUCAUUGGCAUUAUUGUAUCUUCCUCCUCAAGUGUGAUUUUUGACAAGCCGGUCUGGAAUCCUCUUACUCUUUUGGGGAUGUUCCUAGAAAAUGCGAGCCCGGCCGAGAGGUUUGGUAUCUUCGUGAUCUCCAGUGGUUUUGCUCUGGCGCAACUAGGAACGAAUAUCGCCGCCAAUUCCGUUUCAGCAGGAACUAAUCUCACGGCAUUGCUGCCGCGGUUCUGCACAAUAAGACGCGGUGGAUAUCUCUGCGCAGCCAUUGGUCUUGCCAUGUGCCCUUGGACCCUUGUUGCUUCAUCUAGCAAGUUUACACUCUAUCUUUCCGCUUAUUCAGUCUUCCUCUCUGCAAUUGCUGGUGUCAUGGCCAGCGAUUACUAUCUGGUGCGCAAAGGCUAUCUUGACAUCGAACAACUCUACAGUGCUCGAAAGGACGGUCUUUACUAUGGUAUUUUCGGCGUGUCUUGGCACGGAUAUGCUGCAUAUUUAUGCGGCAUUUUGAUCAACAUUGUUGGUUUCGCCGGCGCUCUGGGUGUUGAUGUCCCGAUCGGUGCAGUAUAUAUUUACGAUGUCAAUUAUUUCUCUGGAUUCAUUGUUUCGGGUGUAGUAUAUUGGCUCCUCGCACGACUUGUCCCCAUUUCGGGAACAAGUGACACGUGGAAUGAGAUACCAUAUGAGAGCAGCCCCGUACCUGAUGCAGACGACAAGAAAAUCGAUGAGGUCUAA